UCGGCGAGACCGUGGGGGACCCGGCAGUCUCCGCUGGUACACCGAGCAGUGUGUUACCGUUCCUCGCUUGUUGUAUCACGUUCUCGCCGUAAUCAGCGUCGACGCGCGUCCGAUCUGACAGACCUGUAGUCGCGGCGGCACGUCGUCGUUACACACGCGCGCAUCCUACAUGUAUAUAUACACGAGCCCAUAUAUAUAUACGUAGAGGGCAGAGAGGGAGAGAUAUACACACUGGUGACCCAACAGCGUUCACGCCACCAACCCCUGACACGCACACGAACGCAUAUACGAAGCCCGUGCACACACCACCCGCCGGCACACGCAACCCUCGCGCGCAAACGGACCAUCAUCGGCAGAUCAUCGGGAGAUCAUCGGGAGAUCAUCGGGAACAGUAGAGGAUCGCACGGAAGGAGGAUAAAAGAGGGAUAAAGGACGCGGGUGUUGGAGCAGUGCGAGGACGGAAUCGCGUAAUCGGGCACGCGCGAUCGCGACGGAGUGAAAAGGGAUACGGGACGGGAGAGAUACACGCGGUGCGAGCAGGUGCACGAUCCUGCGUUUCGUACCCGGACCUUCGUCAUCGAGGAGUAACACGUGCAGAUCGGACAACGACGCGCGGCUCGAGGCAGCGAUCACGGCAAAACCACGCAAGUCUCGCCAAUCCGAGAGAACCGUCUAACGACCAACCAACACCAGACCCAAAAGUUCCACGCCCACUGUCGACGCCCGUGUCGCCUAGUGGCGCGUCGUCGUGGAGUCGCGAGGCGUUGGCGGCAAGACGGCCGAUUGUGCGGACGUGCUGGGGAAGCAAUUCCGCGGCUGCAAGGACCAGCAACAGCCCGAGGAUUCUCCCAGCAAAGGGCAAGAUGCACAUCGAGGUGCAGGUGGCGCUCAACUUCGUGAUAUCCUACCUCUACAACAAGCUGCCGCGCAGGCGGGUGAACAUCUUCGGCGAAGAGCUCGAGAAGGCGCUCAAGGACAAGUUCAAGGGACACUGGUACCCGGAGAAGCCGUUCAAAGGAUCCGCGUUCAGAUGUCUGAAGACUGGCGAUCCGGUGGACCCGGUGUUGGAGCGGGCCGCCAAAGAGAGCGGCGUGCCCAUUCAGGACGUCUUGGAGAACCUUCCCGCCGAGUUGGCCGUCUGGGUAGACCCCGGAGAGGUGAGCUAUCGUAUCGGCGAGAUGAACGCGGUGAAGAUCCUCUACUCCGAGACUGGAGACCCUCACGACGAGAGUUCGGCCGACCGAGAGGUCACCAAGACUUUCAAUCCCGAGGCCCAGUGCUUCAGGCCUAUCGAGACCGUAGGCUCGUCCCUGGGCCGGCUGAGCCUUAGUCCAAAGUCCACGUCGCCGUUCCCGAGCUCGCUGGGCAGUAACGCGAGCAACGGCUCGUCGAACAAUCAACAGAGCGGCCACGGGUCCGGUUCCUCAUCGGCGCCAUCGCCGACGCCCAUCACCAGCUCCUUCAAGGGCUCGCCUAGUCCUGUUCCGGCUUUCAUCCCGCGAACCACCGCGCCGCUCACCUUCACCACCGCCACCUUCGCGCAGACCAAGUUUGGUAGCACCAAACUGAAGACCAGCAGCAAACGGACGAACAGAAUGUCCCCCACCGAGUUCUCGAACUACAUCAAGCAGCGUGCCAUGCAGCAACAGAUUCACCAUCACCAUCAUCAUCAACAGCACCAACAGCAGCAGCAGCAGCAGCAACAGCAGCAACAGCAGCAGCAGCAGCAGCAGGCGGCCGCUGGUGGCCUGCCAGUGUCACAGAGCUCCCCUCGCAGUCGCAGCCUGUCACCGGGAAGCAUAGUGGCUGGAGCCGGUCAGCAACACACGGAUCCGAGCGCGUACUUCUUCCAGCACGGGCCAGCCGCGUACCAUCCCCAGUUCUCUCAUCGCAACAUCUUCGACUCGUCCAGCCACGGCGGCUACCUCUCCGCUGAUCUGUACACAGGCGUGAACUUCCCGUCGUCCUACCUCGAUCCAACGACGAUCGCCGGCCAUCAGUUCUACGGCGGCAGCGUGAACGGAACCAGCAGCGCCGCAGGCAGCAACGGGAACUCGCAGAGUGCCGGGAAUCUCGGCCCAGUCGGCUCCGCCGUGACGAACAGCAACGUGAACGGGUCUGGACAGCAACAGGACAAGACAGCGCUCGUAGAGGGCCUGAACAACUUUGGCCUCGGCUCCGUGGCGCCUUACCCAGCCAGCCAAUACCAGCACCUCCUCGUAGCCAACUAAAACCCCGCGCGAGUGAAGACCAAGUGUCUGGCGCGACCAGAGUCCCACUAGUUCCCACUCUGUCUCUCUCCGGCGGAACGAGACAUCCAACCGGAAGCCGCCACGGUAGCUCUGCAUAGUCAACCCUUAAAGAAUCGGUCAUCGUGCGUGGUCGUUGUCGUCGUCGUCGUUUGUCGUGAUCCUUCAUCGAGGAAUCGAUACGAGCUCAUCCACUCCCGCUUUUCUCGCUCGAUACGAAUCCGGAUCAGUCGAGAGGGAACCCCAGUGGUUGGUGUACCUCUCUCGCUAGUCGAUCGGCGGACAGCCAGUCGAUCGGCACACCGUCGUCGUUUGUGCGCGAACAACGUGCACGAUGGCAGAGAGACAGGGAACAGAAGAGGAGAGAGACACCUUCGGCAGAGAGGACGCAAUCAGCACCGAGGAAGACACCGGGUCGACGCGCACGCGGAUCAAGACGACCCGACUAUUCGCGAGACAGAGAGAUAGAGCGAUAGGAAGAGAGAGUGGGAAAGCGAGAGAGAGCUAGGGAGAGAAUGAGAGAGAAUACGAGCGUGUGCGAGAGCGAGGUUACGUGCAGCGUGUAGAGAGGGAUUCAAGUUCGGUGCGCCUGUGUGCUGAAGCGUGCGUGCAAGUCGUUUAGAGGAGAGUAGCGGUGGAGGAACGAAGAGGAGGAGGGACUGUUCGAUGCGACGGGACUCGCGAACGCGAACUUUGCGACCGACUAACGUACAGAGAGCCGCGUGUACCUAACAUUCUGUAACCGGAAACAACACGGACACCACGGACACCACGGACCCGAUUGCGAUGGCGCUGCGCGUCCGUUCGACGAAUGGCUGCUCCCUGUGUCGCGUUCUAACCCGCGUCGGCCAUCUUGCGGCUGACGGACGGGCAGACGGUCGCGAGAGAGGAAAAGAGUAUCGCGUAAGCGAACUCUGUUAUGCCACAGAGACCAAUUCGUGAUUUCGUUCGUGGUUCGAGAGGGGCAGAGAAAGAGAGGUAGAGAAAGAGAGUGAGAGAGAAAGAGAGAGAGAGAGAGAGAGAGAAUAAAGGUCGAACGAUGCGCCAUGCGCCUACACAUGGGACAGCGAAAGAGCCAAGAGACACACACGUGCGCGACGCGUACGUAAAAUUCCACACGGGCCAGAUUCACACGCAAACGGACACACUCACUCCCACCCAUUCACCUGGCGACCCCCACGUACAUACAUGUACACACACGCAUAUAUACGUCUACAUUUGCUACGCG